UUUGAAGAUUUUUACUACUUUCAUGUUUCUAUAAUAUAUAUUAUUUAAAAAAUUAUAUUAGAAAUUAAAAGCAAGUUGAUAUAGAAGAAAACAAACAUUAAAAUGUUGAUCUGGAUCUAUAGAUCUAAAAGAUGAUGUACUAAAAUUACUGGCUGUGGAAUCACAGGAGGUGAUUUCUGUUUUGUUUUUGAAAUUCCUUAGUCAUUUUUUUGAAUGAUGAACACUAUUUUUUUAACAUUAAAACUUGUUUUUAACAUAAGAAACACGUAGUAAACACUCCCGUUUCUUGAGCUAUUUACCAGAGUUGUGAAGCCUUAUUUAGAUAACUAUAUUAAUCAUAAAUCUAUGGCUAUGUGAAUAAUAUAAAUAAUUCAAAGUUAAUAUAAGCCUUUCUUUCACAAAACACUCGGUUUUGAAAACCCAAUGCAAACUCCUACUAGAUAAGAAUAAUUCUAUUCUCUUACUUUUGCAGCAGAGUAUUGUUAUUUUAAAUAAAGUGAUUUUGAAAAUUUUUCCUAAAGCCUGAACACAAGCAAAAUUUGUAUUUGCUUAUUUACUAAUGAUUUUCUUCUACUCUGAUAACCCUGGUUGAGUGAGUGGUUGAGUAAGUAUGCUCUGGUGUGGGGGUAGGAUGUGGGUCUUGUUGGGCUUCUCUACUGAGUGACUAGGCUGACAACUGGUUACUUUGUUUGGGAGAUUCUAAAUUUUAUUGACUGUAGGUCUUUUCUCUUCUGCUGAUCAGAUUUUCCAGAGAAUUCUCUAAUCUCUCACUAGAAGGUAGCAAUAGGCUGCUCAGAACCAAGUUGAGGAGGGUCCCUGUGAUCACAGAGCAUAGGAUGGGGACUUGCACUUGAUAGCUCUCAUUUCAUUUUCUCUGAUCUCUGCUGUGCCUGGUAACCUAAAACCUAGAUUUUCCUGUUUGGUUUCUCCAGAUCAUGAAUUUCUUGUCUCUUAGGAAGCAGCAUGAGGAGAGGAAGAGGUUGGGGAUGAAACUGUUACCAGAAAGGGGUCUCAAUCCAGACCCCAAGAGAGGGUUCUGGGACCUUGUGCAAAAACAAUUUGAGAUUUUUCUAGAUAUGACAUUUGGUUCGGGAGGGCACACAAAAGCCAUUCUACAGAAGGAGUCAGAUAUUGUUUUGUAUGCCUUGGACAGAGACCCGACAGCUUAUGCAUUAGCUGAACAUCUUUCAGAGUUGUAUCCUAAACAAAUCCGAGCUGUGCUGGGCCAGUUCAGCCAGGCAGAAGCCUUAUUAAUGAAAGCUGGGGUGCAGCCAGGAACUUUUGAUGGAGUUCUUAUGGAUCUUGGGUGUUCCUCCAUGCAACUUGAUACUCCUGAAAGAGGUUUUUCCCUUCGGAAAGACGGCCCCUUGGACAUGAGAAUGGAUGGUGGCAGGUACCCUGACAUGCCCACUGCUGCUGAUGUUGUGAAUGCUUUAGAUCAACCGGCACUUGCAUCUAUCCUAAGAACAUAUGGGGAGGAGAAGCAUGCCAAGAAAAUCGCUUCAGCAAUUGUUCAGGCACGCAGCAUCUACCCCAUCACCAGAACCCAGCAGCUUGCCAGCAUCGUUGCAGGUGCAUUUCCUCCCUCUGCUAUUUAUGCACGGAAAGACUUACUACAGCGAUCUACCCAUAUUGCCACCAAGACUUUCCAGGCUCUUCGCAUAUUUGUGAACAAUGAGCUCAAUGAACUCUACACAGGACUGAAGACAGCUCAGAAGUUUCUGAGACCUGGUGGUCGUCUUGUUGCCCUCUCCUUCCAUUCACUAGAGGAUCGCAUCAUCAAAAGAUUUUUGCUUGGAAUAAGCAUGACAGAAAGAUUUAACCUAAGUGUUAGACAGCAAGUGAUGAAAACAUCGCAGUUGGGUUCUGGUCACGAAAACACAGAAGAAGUCUCUAUGAGAAGAGCUCCUUUAAUGUGGGAAUUGAUACACAAGAAGGUACUUAGUCCACAAAAUCAGGAUGUACAAGAUAACCCCAGAGGGCGCUCAGCCAAGCUUAGAGCAGCUGUCAAAUUAUAAGUUACAAUCAUCUUAUUCUUCAAAUUUUUUCUCACAGUUUCUCUAAUCUUUACUCAUGUUGUAUUCCUGAAUGUCUUGAUAUAGGUUUAAGUGUGGGACAGUCUGAAAAUUGAUAGCAUUUAGCAUUUUUUUUUCCCUCAAAAAGAAACUGUAGGAAAUACAUGACAGAGAAAGUUACACUCAGGGAGCAGCAGCACCUCAAGACUGGAAAUAUGUGUUAAUCUUUGCAUCAUAUUGGAUUCUUGAAAUGCAAUCCUUCCUCUGGCCAGGAACAUUUUUAAAAAAUAAUAGUUGGGUUUAUUUAAAUAUGUAAACUCAAGCUGCCAAAGAGAAAGAUAUUAUAAUCAUAUCUGCAUGUCCUAAAUUUUGAAUUUAGAUAUUCCAAUUUGCAUCAGUCUUUCUCUGGCUCAAAUAAUGAUGAUUAUGGAAUGAAUUUUAAUGUCCUUACUUGUGAAUAAUUACUAUAGCUUUCUCAAAUGUACGCUUUUUACAAAUUUUAAAUUUUAAAAUAUUAGUUUAAAUAUGUGUUAUAUUGAUAAAAUUUCAUCUUUCAAAUUAUAGUCUAUUAUUUUAAAGGGAUUUUUCCGUAUGAUAUGGGCCAUUUUGUUUGUAUAUCUCAAGGUAAACAUGUACAAUCCUUACAAAGAGUUGUUUCACAAAACUUAUAUUUCAUGUCAAUUGUAUUUAUUUUAAUAAUAGCUCACAAUGCCUUUUGUAAGUAAUAAAGUCUCUUAUUACAAUCUUGUAUUUUUUAAUUGAGCUAAUCAAAAUAAUUCAGCCAAGUCUAUUUGAAAUAAAGAACUAUCUAUUUAAUAUAAUAAAAUCAAUGCUCCCUUAAUGUUGUUACAAAGAUAUUAUAACUGUAAUAAGGGUAUAAGUUUAUUUAAGAAAAGAGUACUUGGUAGAAGAUUCUUUAACAAAUUGAUGAGAUUGAUUCAUAAUUCACAUGUCAACUUUUUAUAGUAAUAUGUACUUCUGAUUUAUUCAGUAAUUCAGCAAGUACUGCACUUGUCAUUAGAAAAGCAAAGGUAAGUACAAUAUACAUGGCCCACAAUACAUGUCCUAUAGAGUUUAGUAGAGGAAAAUUAUGUUAGUUAUAACCACAAAAAUCAAUAUAAAAUGGACACAGUGGUAAAUACUACAAACAGGUCGUAUAUGGUACUGUAAGAGCAUCUAGUAAGGAUUUCAUCCAUUGUCAGAAAUGAGGUAUGAGAACAUGAUACUUGAAUUGUGACCUGAAAGAUGAGUUGGAGAUAAUUAGUCAAAGGGCACAUGGGGUAUGGAAGGGGGCAUGUUGAUUAACCGUACAUAGAAAUAAAUAUUCUCUUAAAUAGUUAUCCUUGAAAUAAUAUUUAUACUACUAAUUUGCUCAGUGCACUUUUUUCAAAUACAGAAAAAAGAUUCUCCACUAUAGUUACAAAUUUUUGGUUGGUGAAUCCAAGUGAAUGAAAUAUCAGCAUAACUGCACGGGCAAAAUAGAUAAGAAUUAAAUACAUGAAUUUUCCUCAGACUUAUUUUAUCUACCUCUGUAAUAUUUAACUUUAGUACCCAGGCUUGUUUACUACUUCUGCUUUACAGGCUUUAUUUAAAUCUGAACAAUCCUACAGGGAAAUCAGAAUUCGAAAAAAAGUCUGGAGAACAAUAUGGUUGAAAGAGAAACAAGAGAAUGCACCUAGGUUAAUUCCCUGAAUCCUACUUGAACAAUAAAUUUCUCUUUGCAUAUAAUACGUGUUUGUGAAUGAGACAUAUUCCCAAAAAAUUCUUAUCUCUGUAUGUGAUUGGAAAAUAAAAGAUCAUAUUUGUAUGUUCAACAAUCUUUCACCUAUUUCUUAAGUCAUUUUUUUCAUCCAGUAUAGUAUGGGAAUUAUUUUUUAUGUUAAAUAGAAACUGAAGGUACUGGGUUGAACAGUGUCAUCCCCAAAAUUCAUCUACUUCCUGGAGCCUCAGAAUGUGACCUUAUUUGAAAAUACUGUGAUUGUGGUUGCAAGUAGCUAAGAUGAGGUCAUAUUGGAGCAGGGCAAGCCCUUAAUCCAACAUGACUCGUGUGCCUUAUAAGAGAAGAUAGGUCGGGCAUGGUGUCUCAUGCCUGUAAUCCCAGCACUUUGGGAGGCCAAGUCAGGCAAAUCGCUUGAGGCUCAGGAGUUCAAGACAGCCAGGCCAACAUGGCGAAAACCCAUCUCUACUAAAAAUAUAAUUAGCCAGGCGUGGUGGUGUGUGCCUGUAAUCUCAGCUACCCAGGAGUCUGAGGCACAAGAAUCACUGGAACCCGGGAGGUGGAGGUUGCAAGGUCACACCACUGCACUCCACUCUGAGCAACGGAACGAGACUCUGUCUCAAAAAAAACAAAAACAAAAACAAAAAAAGAAUGAAAGAGAAGAUAGAGACACAGGGGAGAAUGCCACAUGAUGCUGGAGGCAGAGAUUGGAGUGAUACAUUGUGGGAACCCUCAGAAGAUAGGAAAAAGGCGUGGAAUAGAUUCUCCCUCAAAGUUCCAGUAGUUGCCAACCCUACUAACAUGGUUUUGCACUUCUAGCAUCCAGAACAGUGAGAGAAUAUAUUUCUGCUCUUUUAAGGUACCCAGUUUGUGGUAAUUUGUUAUAGCAAUCCUAGGAAGCUAAUACUCUGACAGAAAAAAAUCUUGAAUAAUGUGCAUGAAAAAAAUCCUUCAAUAAACACAAAAUUGGUUUCAAAAUGUUUUCUUGUAAAAAUAAAUUAACUUUUCUGUAAUUAGACUGUGUUUUAUAGUAAUUCUUGCCUGCUUCUUAGUCUUUGUUGUAGGAUGCAUAAUAAAAUACAUGAAUGAGUUUUAAAUGGUUAGCUUUGGAGAAUGGUUUUAGGAAGUUCAUAGAGUACACAGAAAUAAAAGCUAACGUUGCUAUGAAUGCGCAUUACUUUUCUAAUAAAAUAGUUCUGAAUCUC